AUGCAAUUAUAUAUUAUUCUGGAAAAAAGGUUUGACUGGUGGUUGCCUGUGAUAGACCAAUGUCCCGAAAUGACAAUAGACGAAGAUAAGCUUGAAGCAUACGUUAGAAAAUUGCAUGCAUUACAUGAAAAAGAGAAAUCCCUUGAGAGUGAAUCUACUGAACACGAUGUUGGUCUUGAGAAACUUAUUGAUCAUUAUUUUUUGCAAAUGCGGAGACUGUGCUUGAGUCAUAAGAGCGUGAUGAGGCAUUUGAGGAUCAAAUCGUACUUAACUGCCACACAAGGCGAUAUACUUUUCAAGCUAAGUGCCAAACAUGAAGCUGGCCAGAGAAAUAUACCAGCAGCUAAAUUAAGAAGAUCAUUUUCCAAUAAUAGCAGUUUGCAUUUGGAUUUGAAUGCUCCUGAAGGGCAAAAAGACGAAGAUAUUGACGAACCUGAAGAGUUUUAUGAUUCGGAUCUAUAUUUGGUUGGGAACGAGGAUCCUGAAUUCGAUUUUAACUGA